AUGAAACACUUGAAUACUCUUCGCGAAAAAGGCCAUGUUGAGGUUGGUCAUAGUCGACAAUUUGCACCCAUCAAACUAUAUUAUGAAAUGCAUGGAAGUGGCCCUGAGCACGUCCUUCUUGUCAUGGGUUUGAGUACACCUUGCAGUGCUUGGGAUCACCAGACAAAAUAUUUAGCAGAAAGUGGAGAUUAUACAGUCAUUGUGUUUGAUAACAGAGGCAUGGGAUUUUCAGAUGCACCUAUUGGUCUAUACUCGACCUCUCAAAUGGCAGUCGACGCACUCGAGCUACUAGACCACUUCCAAUGGAGAAGUAAUGUUCAUCUAGUUGGCAUCUCAAUGGGGGGUAUGAUUUCAUUGGAGAUGGCAGAUGCUGAGCCAACUCGGUUUCAAUCAUUGACAUUAACGAGCACAACAGCCAGAAGAAACUUGCCCACAUGGACAGCUAUAUCAACACUGUCUAAAAUUGCACUGUUUUAUCGAGACCCCAAAGAUCAAUUGAAUGCAGCCAUUGAGCUAGUGUAUCCCAAAGAGUGGCUCGAUCAAAAACCAUUGGUACAAAAAGAAUACGACACAAACAGAGAAUUGGCCAUCCACGGCUUCAUAGGUCACAUCAGACGAUCUCGUCGCCAGCCACUGCAUGGCAAUUUAGGCCAAACAGCAGCUUGUUUGCGCCACUAUGUGUCUGAUGAGCGCCUCAUCAAUAUUAAAUCCAGUGGCCUUCCCAUCAUGAUUGUCACAGGCACCUUUGAUAACUUGCACGAUUUGAGCUGUUUGAAGGAAGCGGUCAUGCCAUUCCUGAAGAACAGCCUGACAGAUACAACAGUUUAUUAG